GGGCAGCGGUAGCGGAAGCUUCUCCCUCCCGGCGCCGCGUCCCGGAACCAGCCCCUCCGCCGCGUCUUGUCCUGUCCUGUGCUCUCCUGGCCCAGCCCCGCCACCUGCCACUCCCGCCGGAAGCAUGACAGCGCCUGCCGCCGCCACCCGCAGGUGACACCCCGCGGGCCAUUCCGCCUCUGCCGCCUCCUAUAUGGGCCACCUGCUCUCGAAGGAGGCAAACAGCCUGAGCCGGGACCGCCGCUGCCGCCGAGGGAGGAAGGUGUCGCCGCGCAGCCGGAGCUGCUUCCUGCGCGGGCCCUGCAUGCUCUGUUUCAUCGUGCACAGCGCCAGCCCGCCCGCUUCAGAGCAGCCCCUGUCCGCCGGGGAUCCCCUGCUGACCCCGCCGCCUUACGCCACCUUUGCUGCCGCCGAACAGCGCGCCGCCCGCUGCCUCCUCCGCCUCCCCCCCGCCGCCUGGGAGCCGCGGGGCCGUUGCCAGGGCCUCCUCCUGUCGGGCCUGCUGCCCGCGCCGGUGCGGGAAAUGCUGGGGCCGGCGAGCCCGCCCGGUGAGGUCGCCUCGGAGAUGAUAUGCAAGCGCAAAGGUGCUGGCCUGCCCGCCUGCCCGCCCUGCAAGCAGGCGCGCAGCGCGGCCGCCGCGGAGCCUGAAGCCGCUGACUGCCAGUGCCCGGCAGAGGCGCAGCUCUGCGCCCUGCCCACCGCCGACGGCUGCCCGGCGGGCGGCGGGAGCGCGCCGGCCCAUGGCGCCGCCGGCGACAGCAGCGACGAGGGGCAGCCCGCCUCACCGCAGCCCGCCUCACCGCAGCCCGCCUCACCGCAGCCCGCCUCACCGCAGCCCGCCUCACCGCAGCCCGCCUCACCGCAGCCCGCGCCGGAGGAGGAGGAAGCGAAGGAGGAGAGAGGCUGCGAGGAGCCGCGGGAGCAUCUCGGUGACUGCAGCGGAGAGCAACUGUCGGCGCCGGCCCUGGACAUUAACCAGCUGCCGCCCUCCAUCCUCCUCAAGAUAUUUUCCAAUUUAUCCCUGAAUGAGCGUUGUCUUUCAGCAUCAUUGGUCUGUAAAUAUUGGCGUGACCUCUGUUUAGAUUUUCAGUUUUGGAAGCAACUGGAUCUCAGUAGUCGUCAACAGGUCACUGAUGAGCUGUUGGAAAAGAUAGCAUCAAGAAGCCAGAAUAUUACUGAAAUCAAUAUUUCUGAUUGUCGCAAUGUAUCUGAUACAGGAGUAUGCAUAUUAGCAAUUAAAUGUCCUGGACUCCUAAGGUAUACCGCUUACAGGUGUAAGCAGCUCUCGGACACUUCUAUUAUUGCAGUGGCCUCUCAGUGUCCUCUUCUUCAGAAAGUGCAUGUGGGCAAUCAAGACAGACUCACUGAUGAAGGCCUGAAGCAGCUGGGUUCAAAAUGCAGAGAAUUGAAGGACAUUCAUUUUGGACAAUGUUACAAGAUCUCAGAUGAGGGAAUGAUCAUUAUAGCUAAAGGCUGUCUGAAGUUGCAAAGAAUAUACAUGCAAGAAAACAAAUUAGUGACAGAUCAAUCAGUGAAAGCUUUUGCUGAACACUGUCCUGAGCUGCAGUAUGUUGGCUUUAUGGGCUGCUCUGUUACAUCAAAAGGAGUCAUUCACCUCACUAAUCUAAGAAAUCUUUCCAGCUUGGAUCUACGUCAUAUCACAGAACUGGACAAUGAAACCGUAAUGGAAAUAGUAAAGAGAUGCAAGAACCUUAAUUCCCUCAAUCUGUGUCUGAACUGGAUCAUUAAUGACAGAUGUGUGGAGGUGAUUGCCAAAGAAGGCCAGAACCUGAAAGAGCUGUAUUUAGUAUCCUGUAAGAUCACUGACUAUGCUCUGAUAGCCAUUGGACGAUACAGUGUGACGAUAGAGACAGUGGAUGUUGGAUGGUGCAAAGAAAUCACAGACCAUGGAGCUACCCAAAUUGCACAAAGCAGCAAGUCUCUCAGAUAUUUAGGGCUGAUGCGAUGUGACCAGGUGAAUGAAGCCACAGUGGAGCAACUAGUGCAGCAGUAUCCACAUAUAACCUUCAGUACUGUACUACAGGAUUGCAAGAGGACAUUGGAACGAGCUUAUCAAAUGGGCUGGACACCUAAUAUGUCUACUGCCUCUUAACCUCCUAUACCAACGUGACAGUUCCACUCUGCUGCAUUCAGUAGAUUUAAUGGGGAUUGCAGAGUGUUCACAACCUUUUAUAUGAUGCAAUAUAAUUGUGAGUUUACAGAGGUUACAGUAAAACAGCAAAAGCUGUACACUAUCUUUAAUGUACUAUACAUCAAACUACUAAUAUUGAAGUAAAUUUUAGAAAUGCAUCAUAUUUUUGUUUGCAUAAAAGGUCUAAAAGCCUUUGGCAAAUUUCUUGAAGUGGAUUCCUACUAUUUCUCUGGAUAGUUUGAGUUAUAGAACAUGUUAAGUUUGUUUUCCUCUGUUUACUUUGCCUUGGUCAUGUGUAUUUCCUUUGAUUUUUAAAUGGCAACUCAGUGCUAACACUAGUGCAGUUCAUCAGCAGACGCCUGUGUUGAACUCAGUGCUUAUUAUUUACUAAAGCUAUCCCAGGACCUUUGAGAUGCAUAAUAAGAAAAUCUACCAAAAAUUGUGAUUUUCUUAUAAACAUCUUGCUAAUUACACCAAUCAUAAAUCAGAAGUCUUAGUAAAUGAUGGUAGUGACAGAUGUAAUAUUUGAUGGACAAUCUUAAUUCUUUCUGUCAGUCAACAGAAUGUUUUUAUUAUUUUUUUUUUUCUUUAGAAAGUAGGAGAUGGCAUAGACAUUUACCAGUCUUUCUGCCUUGGCAUCUUUGAGAGUUUCUAAAGUGAACUUGUCUGCUCUGACUAUGUUGUUACUUUGAUGAGUUGGGAAACUCAGAUGAAUGGGUAUAAGCCAAUAGUAUGAUUCAUUUCCUCUGUGGUUGUUAUUUGGCAGCAGAUACCACAAUGCAAAGACUGCUUACCUUGAGAAGGCCAUCUAAACAUGAGUCCCAUCAUGGGUAUCGUUUUGUAGGAUCAGAUGCUUUAUAAUACAGUGUAUGUAAGAUAAUAUCCAGAGUAAAUACUUAAAAUUAUUAAUUUUCUAGUUGUCACAUAGCAUUCUAAGGAGCUACAUUUGACAAGGGGAUAGCGAAAGUACAGACAUUGCAGCUUCAAUUUGCAUUAACUUUUGGUGUAUUACCAUUUGGUUCAGAAUAUUUUUAGGUGUAUAACACUGGGUUUGUUAAAGUGUUACAGCAUUUAAUCCAAAGAAAUGCUGAAGCUUCAGCUGAAGAGUUGCCAUUAUUGACAAAAUGUUUUGCUAAUACAGAAAGUCUAAUGCACCAUAACGUAGAUGCUUGUUUAGUAUGGCUGUAUAACUCUCUGUAAAACUCGUUUGCUGAUUUACAUAACAUUUUUUACAACAGAAACAUCAGCUCACAGUAAUUCCAGUGAGGAUGUUGAACGUUUUCUUACUAGCCUUUUAAAAAUGGGGAUGAACUAAUUUCUCUGAAAAAAAAAAUAUAUAUAGUAAAGUUUUUGUUAUAAAUAAGUGGUAAAUACAUGUGAACAUGUGUAAUGCUAAGCUUUUUAUUCACUGAAAAAUGGCAACAAUAUUUUCAGAAUUAAAGCAAAUUGAUUAUAUUGCAGAUAUAGUACAGAAUCUCGGUCAUUUUUUCAGUUAAUGUCUUUUUCUGAGUGCGUUAAAACUAUUCACACAAUUUGUAAGUUUCUAUUUUUUCUCGAAGCCUUUGACCUUGC